UACUACAUGGGGUGGAAUGAGCACGUAUCCUGAGUAAAAACGUACCCACACCAUAGUCAAGAUGGGGAAUCGGCUAGACAAAUCCACAAGUUUUGGAUGUUUUGCAUGACAAAUUUGGAUUCGUAGUGCAGUGCUGUUUGAGCUAGCUCAGCAGCAUCACAGAUCUAGCACACCAUGCUGAUUGGAGCAUGACAAAUUGCAAAACACGACUAGAAAAUGCUUCUCAUGGGGCUCCGCAUGAGAAACAUUUUCAGGAUGCAGAUUUGCAUUACAACUCUGGUGUGGGUACGUUUUUACUCAGGAUAGCACGGCUACAACUUCGACGGCGAGUAUGCAGAAACAAAACUGUCGAUUUGAGUGUGUAGUUGUCUCUGAUGCAGAAGCUGAUGAAUAUCAAAAUCCAAAUGCAGCACGGUUUUCCUUUUCACACUUGCCUUCAUGAUGAUGCUCAGUUACUACAUCCACCAUAAGUACUUCAUGAGCGAUUGACUAUUCAGGCGCUACUGGCGC